CUUCACUUGAAUCACUUCCAUCUUGAUUCUCACCUUCAGGUGACUUUAGGGCUAAUUCAAAGAGGCGGCAGCCCUCGAAUUUCUAAAUUUUUUUCUUAUUAAUUUCUUUGAAUCAAAAAUAAAAUUAUGAUAACAUCAUCAAUGGCGAUGAAUCCAAUCCUAUGGACGAGGGACGCUGUCUUUAGUUUCUCUCUCAAUCCGCCCAUGUACACUGCUAAUCGUCGCAGAUGGGGAUCUCCACGAGCAAUUGCUAUUCCAAACAAUCAUAUCCCAAUGCGCAGCCGUGAAGCCAAAAAUAGGACAGUAACCUCUGACAUACAAAAGCUCAGACUAAUCACCGCCAUCAAAACCCCAUAUUUACCUGAUGGUAGAUUCGAUCUCCAAGCUUACGACUCCCUCAUCCACACUCAAAUUGAAAAUGGCGUCGAAGGUGUAAUUGUGGGAGGAACAACUGGUGAAGGCCACCUAAUGAGUUGGGACGAGCACAUCAUGCUCAUCGGCCACACUGUAAAUUGCUUUGGUACAUCAAUCAAAGUCAUCGGAAACACUGGAAGCAACAGUACAAAAGAAGCAAAACACGCAACAGAGCAAGGUUUCGCUGUAGGUAUGCACGCAUCUUUGCACAUAAACCCUUACUACGGGAAAACAUCCUAUGAAGGUUUAAUCACACAUUUUCGGUCUGUUCUCUCUAUGGGCCCAACCAUCAUCUAUAAUGUACCUUCAAGAACUGGGCAAGAUAUACCUCCAUCGGUUAUAGACGAAUUCCUAAGUCAUCCUAAUUUCGCUGGUAUUAAAGAAUGUGCUGGACUUGAUCGAAUCAAAGAGUACACAAACAAAGGACUGAUUGUAUGGAGUGGUAAUGACGAUGAGAGCCAUUAUAGCAGAUGGGUUAAUGGAGCUAAGGGAGUUAUAUCAGUUGCUAGUAAUCUCGUUCCUGGUUUGAUGCAUGAGCUUAUGUUUGGAGGUUUUAGUGAGGAAUUGGAUUCUAGAUUGAGGCCGUUGUUUAAAUGGCUUUUCGAGGAACCGAAUCCGAUAGGGUUGAACACUGCCUUGGCUCAGCUGGGAGUUGUGAGGCCUGUUUUCAGGUUGCCUUAUCAACCUCUUCCUAUCGAAAAGAGAAAUGAGUUUGCUUUGAUUGUGAAGAGUAUUGGGAGAAAGUAUUUUGUUGGAGAGAAAGAUGUACGGGUCAUUGAUGAUAGCGAGUUUAUUUUGGUAGAUGGUUAGUCAUGUAUAUGGGACUUACUAUAUUUGGCAUAUCUUUAGGAAUGAUCUAUGGCAAAAAAAAAUUUAAAAGUUGGGUAUUGGGGAUAUCAUUUAUUAAUCCAAAUGUGAGGUCGAGCAUCCUUUUAUUUUUACUGCGUACUCCAACUAAUAUAGAUGGUUAAGUCA